AUGACCUCAGGCCAAUCGCCAUCACAUCCAUCCCUAGCCUCAUCUGUGAAGACUUUUGUGUUUGACUGGGCAUACAACAAAAUCAGUAACUCCUUAGACAUUCAGCAAUUUGGCAACAUCAGAGCUACCUCAGCCUCUCACCACCUAAUCAGCUUCCUUGACUUCAUUCAUAGUCACCUGGACAAACGGAACACCUCUCUAACAGUCGCUUUUGUGGAAUGCAAGAAAGCUUUUGUUCUGGUUGACCACACUGUUGUCAUCAACAAAGCCAUCAGUCUGGGUCUUCCCUCUCACCUGAGAGCAUGGCUGGCUGACUUCCUCACGGGACGCCUGCAAGUUGUAUGUUUUCAGAAACACACAUCCUCUUACCAACAACUAACGUGUGGAGUCCCUCAGGGCAGCAAGAUGGGUUCACUCGGUUUCCUGAUACUGAUUAAUGACGCUCUGACAAACACCCUUCACCACUGGAAGUAUGUGGAUGACUGCAUGACUGCACCGUGGCAACAACUGGAAGAUGUCCAAAGGAGGACAUGCAGGAACAUCCUUGGCCCUGCCUACACAAACUACGAUCAUGCCCUAUCUCCCCACACUGGCUGCCAGACACCGAGCGGCCCUCGUCAGGCUGGGUAG